AUGACGUCACUACAUAUGGAGCACUUGGUUGAAGGAGUGAUUUUGUUGAGCUCGUUGGGGGAAAUCUAUCCACAGGACACAGUUCUUAAUUUUAUUCAAAGUAAUGUGAUCAUGGAUAAGCCAAAGAGGUACGUGUCCAGCUCAAGGCAAAACAACAUAACAACAACAGUAAUCGAGCUGCAGCAUCCGGCAAACUACCUGACCAAGUUCUCCCUUCAAUCAAAGUUGCCUGAUAACAAAGUACAUGUCCGCAAUGUUUAUUGUACCACUGCUAACAAGAAGCCAAUGUUGUCUGCGGGGACAUUUCUGCUUCCUACUGGCCUCCCCGCAAAAAAGAUGUUUACAGCCGUGCCAAAGUCGUCCAAGCCGCCAUUUUGUGUUGUUGACACCAACAUGGGGCACAGGGAGUUCGUAAAUAUAAACUCAGGACUUGUGCCUGUAUACAUAAGGAAAAAGGAUUAUGGAGAGGUACCCAAAUAUCUUCUACGCCGCAGACCAAAGCCCACAAAGUCUCCACAGGAAAAGAGUGUUAUCGAGGUGGCGAAACCAGAGGAACCAGAUAUCGAAAAGCAGACAGAAGAGGACUUUCGUGAAGUCAUUGAGUACCUGAAAAAGAGACUUCAAAAGCUGAACAAGACCUACAUGCAGCUUCCAUUAGUCAUAGACACGCCUUGGUUGAAGAGCCGUAAGUUGCGAAUGGAGACUGAUAUGACACAGGUGGAGACUGACAUUGAACUCAUUGAAACUUUGGUGUCCAACAAGAGCACAUGAACCCACGCCGACCAAAGCAAGCACACCAAAGUCUGCCGGACGCAGACUCUGCUUUGCAUCUCCUUGAAUAUUUUUUUUAUGUUAGAACUUCUAUUCAAAUGUGCUGUUUAUAUGUGUAUACAUAUAUUUUUUAAUCUGUUCAAAUGUGCUGUGUAUAUGUAAGUAUACAUGUAUACUUCAAAAUGAACGGUACAAGGCAGGUACAUUAAAGGGCCACUCAUAGUAAAUUUAAGCAGAAUGUGAUUGCAGUAUAAAAAGCUUUACGUCAAUCAUGUUUACCGUGCUAUUUUAAUCAGGCAGGUUUGGGACCACAGUUUUCAAGUUGGAAGAGCUUUUCUGAUCCUGCAUGAUUGUUCCACAAUA